ACAGAUACGCCAACACCUGCCUGAGCUGGUGGGGACCACCGGAGCAUCUCCCUCUCUCUGCCUCCACAGGUUGGUCGCUGGCGAUGACUCAAUGAAGCAAAGCAGCAGCCUGACACUGCAAGACCCUCCCCCUGUAGUUGUUUCCCCGACACUGCAACUGGAAGCGUAGGGAGAAGACGAGACAAGCUGCUUGAGCGAUGGAGAGGAAGCAAGGCUCUCCUCAUCAUCAGUAUGGUUCACUGGAGCACACAGAAUGGACCCGAGGCACCAACAAACCAGACGACGACGUGGUGUCCAUGGCGGACUCCACCAUCACCGCCGACGACAUUGAAGGGGAGCUUUUCAAGAUCGAGAGGAUCAGGGAUGUCCUGGUCAGGAGGGAGUCAGAGCUCAGAUACAUGAUGGAUGACAUUCAGCUGUGCAAGGAGAUCACUCGACUAAAGAAGGACCUGCAUAAAUUAGUGUCCAUACCAGAUAAUGACAAGUCCAACGAGGACCGGCAGAAGGAAGAAGAGCUGCUGCAGCAGAUCCACAAGCUGGUGGAGACCAGAGAUUUCCUGGUGGACGAUGUGGAGUUCGAACGGCUCAGGGAGAAAGAAGAGGAUAAAGAAAUGGCCGAUUUUCUGAAGUCCAAAUUCCCAAGACGUAUGAAGAAGACAGGUGUCCCCAGACGGGUGCCAUCCAGGGCUCAGCAGACCUCCUCUCCCUUCACCAAGACAGGCCUCACCCUGCUGAAGGAGUGCUGUGGAUUCACCUGCUCCAUCAUGUAGCCUGGAGUCACAGUGGGAGCCCCCACUCCGGGGCCGACACGGGGGCCACAAACACUGAUGGGAGUCAAUAUUUCCAGUUUCAGCCUUUCAGUCGGAGAAGGACUUUGAAGCGUGGAUGGAGCGCUGCAGACAAAAGUUGAGAAUUUCUCAGGCGGGAGAGUAAAGGAUGUUGCAAAGAUCGCGCGGCGUGUUCUCACACCCAUGUUUGUCUUGUGUCGGAUCUGUUUUGUCUCGUUCACAUCCGAUUUUGUUUUCAUCCCGUGCCUCUGCUCCCCACGUAUCUCGUCCCACCCCUGUUUUCAGUUAAACUCUGUUAUCAUCACUGUUCAGCCAAAUUCUCCUGAUUAUAAUUUCAUAACAAGAAGCAAACCAACAUGGUGUAUUUAUUUCUCUUUUCUCAGGCCGACAGGGCAGCGUUCGGAGGACAGAAAAAGCAUAGCACAAGUCAGGCAUGUAUGUUAUAAACACUAAUUGGAUUGACUUGCCUACCAGUUUUAUAUUUAAAGACCUGACUGAGCUGUGAUAAGUGUCAUCUUGCUCAUUAAAAAAAGUAGCUGCUGUUGCAGAAGUCAGCAGGCCAGUCUAGACACACUGCCGGAACUACAUAAUCAGCAUUAAGGAGAUAACGCUAAUGAAAGUGACAUUAAUCGGGAGCUCUGUUUGGAAGAAGUCGCCUGUCAUUUGACUCGGGACCCAAAUUGCUGUGACCUAUUGCAAAGUGGUGUUUUGUGAAGAAAGUAAGUAAUGUCUCAUUACACUCUAUUUUCCUCUAGUAAUAGUAAACUUGACUAACCGCAGUGCGUCCUCCGUUGUUUUUGUUUGCAAAGAAACACUGAAGAACAUCACAUAUUAUUGCUAAUCCUCAGUCGUCCCUGUUGUUUACUUUCUGACAGAUUGUGCAGUCACCCUGCUCCAGUUUGUAAUUACAUAUUUAUGAUGAGAAGAGAUAGUACAGAAUGGAGAGAGCUAACAAGCUGACAGCCGAGGGGAAAGACAGUGAGUGCAGGGUCAUCCGGGGAUACACACUGUAUUAAGACAUAUGUGGGUGUCCAUUGUGUGGUAACAACACGAGCUGUCAGUGCAUACAGACAGUUUACACAUGAAUGAAUCACAGACAAUGCGGACCGCUGCAGACUGCUAGACUGAGGUCAUAACAGUUAAAGCAACAUCAUGUAACUUUUGUACCUUAAAACAACAGCUUCAGAGUCAUUUUGGUGGUGCAGUCUAUGUAAUUGGGUGGAUGGUGUCUCUGUCGCAGCCGAUUUCUACAUAAUACUGCUUUAAUAUGUGUGAAACCGUUUUGAUUUUGAUUCCAAUGUGACGUUUAUGAAGUGACAUAUAUUUCUGUAUGAUAUUUUAGCAGGAAGCUUAAUGUGAAAAAAUGCUGCCCUGCAUUUUCAUGUCACUACCACGCUACCUUUUACUCCAUGGGCUGAGACUGAUUUUAAAAUUUUGUGUUAAAAAUGACGAAAAUCAGUGUGUAACUUUGAGGAUUGUCACCACUCCAGUGCUAAAGAUAGUCAUCAUAUGCAUCACCAAGGCACACUUGACAGCGUUUUGAGUGGGUACUUUAUGUUUUCAGCCCACUUACACUAUGAAUGAACAUGAUAUAUUUGUUACCACCUUAUCUGAGUGUGGCUCGAGUAUGUACCUAUGGAAGGUGUAUCCGUGUCCUUUACGUUGAGCACAGGGACAGCCAAUCAAACUAUAGAGCAGAUCUCUGUGUUGCUGAGAAGAGUAGUUGCCAUAGCAACCAUAUAUAUACCCCAUAUCUCUACAAUGAGUCGACGUGGAAGGUUGGACGGAUCGGACAACUGAGACAAAAACAAACCCUGGAGCGCGAUCGUGGGUAACGAAUAGAAGGUAAACACAAGACAGAAAAAUCAUGUUUUGGAUUCACGCUGGGGAUAACCCAGCUUACAGCACUUUGGAUUCAAUAACACAUAAUUGAGCCUCUGAAUCCCUCUCAGACCCUUUCAGACAAACUAACACCUGCUUGGAGAUUAAGUCAACACGAGGCUGCUGUACUUGGCUGGAAAGUACUGGAGAUAACACAGCUUUUAAUUUAAAGUCUCUUAAAUCUUUUUAAUUGAUAUAGAUGAUUAAUUUCUCCGUGAAUCUCCUGUUUUGUUUCCCAUUCCUCUAAGACUCACUUGUUACUGUUUCUUCAUUCCCCCCCCCCAAGCCAGUCCUUGGGAUGGAUGCAGCUGUCUCUUUUGUUCAAUCGCUGUAUCUUUUCAUAUUUAGUCUCAACACUGUCAUAGAGGCUUUGGGUCACAUAUCACCCAGCAACCAUGUCUGGUGCUGUCAUGUGAGGUCCACGGGGGAAUUGCAUGCGCGCUGGCAAUGCUGAAGCACUAUGUGGAACAGCCGCAGUACGAAAAAGGAAAAAGACACUGCAGCAGGAAAAUAUUUCCUCUUGUUUAAUGGGUGUGUGGAAAAAGAGGUGCCACUCUGAUGAGGAAAUUAGUUUGACAAAAGUCAGUAAUGGCUAGAUGAACAAAUACGAGUAGAGUGCUGUAGGGUAGUAUUUUUGUAGGCUAACCCAGAAGGCAUUGCCCUGGUUGCCUCGACAAAAAAGGCUUUGGGUUUUUUAAAAUGGAUUUUUGAUUAUUGCCAAAACUGAUUUUGUUCACAAACAUAAUCCUGACAGCCGAGCGCCACCUUCAGCAUAAAUGAAGUCAGCUAAAAUAAGAAGCCAAAGUUGUGCUGGCGGUCACAUGGUUUCAGCGACACCACCACCACUAAACUAUACACACUUUACACUAUACUAUAAAUUGAUCAGUCUUUAAGUUGGAAAGUUGGAGUUAGCACAGUUUGUAACAACAGUCCACCCGUAGCGGGAGACUAGAUGAGUGUCUGUAUUUGGCUUAGAGACAUUUAAUGACCUUGAUAACCCAUAUAUGCAACCAUAAAUCCACCUUUAAUCUUGUGUUAACCACAUACCUUAUUCAAGUAACUGAACUGAAGACCCAUUAAAAAAACUCACUGACUUCGGAACUGGAACUGGAAGUGCAAAAAUGCUGACUUAUGCCAGGAAUUAGGACUUAUUCAUGCUACAGUCUGUAGAUACCUGUUAGGAUUUACACAUUUACAUUAUGCCCCCUUUAUGUGGUUGGUGGGGCAUAAAGGGGGUAUAAUAUGAAUAUGUAAAUCCUAACAUACCCCAAAAACACAAAAAUGUAACCAUCCGAGCCAAGAUGAUAGAUUCGACAAAGACAGCUGUUUAAUCAGUUAUUAUAUUUUGAGUGGGGAAUUGUUUGGCAUGUUCUUCGGUUUUCACAUUUACACAUAAAACCAGCUGUACGCAGACAGCUGGAGGGUGUGUUACUGCCCCUCACUUUGAUUCAAGCGAGGAUUCUUUUAGGAGAGUCACCGUGUCGCAGAGGAGGGAGAGAGGAUAGCAGAAGAGGAAAGGCUGAAGUGGCCGGAAACAGGGAGAUGAAAAACAGAGAAGGAGGGUGGGAGGGCACUGAGACAUAGGUGGGGGUCUAAUCUUUAAGUGUGAGUCAUCCCGAGUGAAAACACUGAUUUCCCACAAGGCCAGUUCUUAGUGAACGCUGUGCGUGGAAAGGGCAGGACUGUCAUUCAAACACCAUCAUCCUGCGCACCUCCUGCAUAGCUCACCGUUGUGUAAGUAUAUGUGUGUUUAAACAUGCGUGUGAGAAAAUGUAUGUGUGUGUGAGUGUACGCGUGCAGUUUGUGUACCUGCGCUAGGAGCACGAGUGUGAUAACGAAACGUACAGUAGCUGUCACUGCUUUGUUCCUAUGGUUACCGUGACCCGAUGGCACACUCUCACUUGUUUCAUUGAGUCGUGCUAUGUUUAAACCCCGCUGGGUUCUAGUGUAAAGUUGCAUAUGUUGUAAAACUGUCAGAGGAUGACUAAGAGAUGUGACCUGUUUCUUUUUUUUAUAUAUAAUGUUCAGGGCACAGGGUUCCCAAAUGCUCCCAGUUAAAAGCUGCAAAUGUAAU